GAAGAAAAUGAUCCAGGCCCAGGAAACCCUGAUGUUUGACGAUGUGACUGUGGACUUCACGUGGGAGGAGUGGCAGCUCCUGACCCCUCCUCAGAAGGACCUGUACCAAGAGGUGAUGCUGGAGAACUAUAGCAACCUGCUGUCUGUGGGUUAUCAAGCCAGAAAGCCAGACAUACUCUCUAAGUUGGAUCAAGGAGAACCAUGGACGAUGGAAGAUGAAAUCCACUGUGGAACCCAUUCAGGGUAUCAAGCCAGCAAACCAGAUGCUGUCUCCAGGUUGGAACGAGGAGAACAACUGUGGCCAGUAGAAGAUGACAGCCACGGUCGAAUCUGUCCAGAAAUCAGGAAAGUUGAUGACCUUCUGCAGCAUCACUUGCCAAAUCACAGCAUUCAAAAUACUGUGGAACAAUGCUGCGAACAUAAUACAUUUGCAAAUAUUGUUAAUCAGAGCGAAAGUCAUUUCCUGUUAAAGCAAAAUUGUGAUAUGUUUGACUUAACUGAAAAACCUUUAAAUUCAAAUUUAAGUUUUGAAAACCAGAAGAGAAGCUGUAACUUAAAGAACUCUGCUGAGUUUAAUGGAGAUGGGAAAUCCCUUCUCCAUGCUAACCACGAGCAAUCUUUUACUGAAAUUAAAUUUCCUGUAAGUGCAAAACCCAUCAACAAUAACUCCCUGUCCACUAAGCAACAGAGAACUCACAACAUAGAGAAAGCCCAUGUAUGCAGUGAGUGUGGGAAAGCCUUCUUCAAGAUGUCUCAGCUCUUUGAUCAUCAGAAAGUUCAUACUAGAGAAAAACCUCAUGGAUGCAAUCUGUGUGGGAAAGCCUUCUCCAGAAAAUCCAGGCUCACUGAACAUCAGAGAACUCAUACGGGGCUGAAACAUUAUGAGUGCACUGAAUGCGAUAAAACCUUCUUUAAGAAAUCGCAGUUCAAUAAACAUCAGAAAAGUCAUAUGGGAGAGAAACCUUACACAUGUAGUGAAUGUGGGAAAGCAUUCACCACAAAGUGUCUGCUCAUUUAUCAUCAGCGAACUCAUACGGGAGAGAAGCCCCAUGGAUGCAGUCUGUGUGGAAAAGCCUUCUCUACAAAGUUCAGUCUCACUACACACCAGAAGACUCAUACAGGAGAGAAACCUUACAUAUGCAGUGAAUGUGGAAAAGGCUUCAUCGAGAAGAGGCGUCUUAUUGCACACCGUCGAACUCAUACUGGUGAGAAACCCUUUGUAUGCAGUGAAUGUGGGAAAAGUUUCACCUUGAAGAAGAGUCUUAUUCCACAUCAGCGAACUCAUACUGGAGAGAAACCCUAUACAUGCAAUGAUUGUGGAAAAGGCUUCACCUUGAAGAACCCUCUCAUCAGACAUCAGCGAACUCAUACAGGAGAGAAACCCUAUGUAUGUAGUGUAUGCGGAAAAGGCUUCACCAUGAAGGGUGAUCUUGUUGUACAUCAGCGAACUCAUAUUGCAGAGAAACCAUUUAUAUGCAGUGACUGUGGGAAAGGCUUCACUGUGAAGAGCCAACUGAUUGUACAUGAGCGAACUCAUACCGGAGAGAAACCCUACGUGUGCAGUGAAUGCGGAAAAGGCUUUCCAGCCAAGGCCCGGCUGAUUGGACAUCAGCGAACACACACAAGAGAGAAACCUUAUAUAUGCAGUGAUUGUGGAAAAGGCUUCAUUCAGAAGGGCAAUCUCAUUGUACAUCAGCGAACUCACACAGGAGAGAAACCCUAUGUAUGCAACGAAUGUGGCAAAGGUUUAUCCGCGAAAAGGAAGCUCAUCGCACAUCUGCGAACUCAUACUGGAGAGAAACCAUAUAUAUGCAGUGAAUGUGGCAAGGGCUUCACCGUGAAGAGUACCCUUGGUACACAUCAGCAAACUCACACUGGAGAGAAACCGUACAAAUGCAACGAGUGUGGUAAAGCCUUUAAGAAGAAAAGUGAUCUCAUUACCCAUCAGAGAAUUCACACAGGAGAGAAGCCAUAUGAAUGCAGUGAAUGUGGGAAAACCUUCACCACAAAGUCAGGGCUCAGUGUUCACCAAAGAAAACAUACAGGAGAGAGGCCCUAUGGAUGCAGUGAGUGUGGGAAAGCUUUUGCCCACUUGUCAAUCCUUGAUAAACAUAAGAGAAUUCACAGUGGAGAGAAGCCUCAUGUAUGUGGUGAAUGUGGGAAAGCUUUCAUCAAAAAGUCUUGGCUCACUGAUCACCAGAUAAUUCAUACAGGAGAGAAGCCCCAUCGAUGUAACCUGUGUGGGAAAGCAUUCUCUAGAAAGUUCAUGCUCACUGAACAUCAGAGAACGCAUACAGGAGAGAAACCUUAUAAAUGCACUGAAUGCGGCAAAGCCUUCCUCAAGAAAUCACGGCUCAAUAUACAUCAGAAAACCCAUACCGGAGAGAAACCGUAUAUAUGCAGUGACUGUGGGAAAGGCUUCAUCCAGAAGGGAAAUCUCAUUGUACAUCAGCGAAUUCACACAGGUGAGAAACCUUACAUAUGCAAUGAAUGUGGAAAAGGCUUCAUCCAGAAGACUUGCCUCAUUGCACAUCAGAGAUUUCAUACAGGAAAGACUCCUUUUGUGUGCAAUGAAUGUGGAAAAUCCUGUUCCCAGAAGUCAGGUCUCAUUAAACAUCAAAGAAUUCACACAGGAGAGAAACCCUUUGAAUGCAGUGAAUGUGGGAAAGCCUUCACUACAAAGCAAAAGCUCAUUGUGCAUCAAAGAACUCAUACAGGAGAGAGACCCUAUAUCUGCAAUGAGUGUGGGAAAGCUUUUGCCUACAUGUCUUGCCUUGUUAAACAUAAGAGAAUACACACAAGAGAGAAACGUGGAGAUUCAGCCAAGGUGGAAAAUCAUCCCUCAGAGAGUCACAGCUCCUCACAGAUUAGUGAUGCUAUGCAGGAGAAAACCCCUGUAAAUUCAGUGACUAUGCAGGUGCCUUCAGUGGCUCCUCAGACAUCAGUAAACAUAAGUGAACUCCUAGCAAAUAGGAAUGUAGUCAUAGUGGGACAACCUGUGGCCAGAUGUGCACCCGCAGGAGAUAACAGAGGUUUUGCACAGGAGAGAACCUUUAUGAAUGCAUUGAAUGUAGUUGUGCCUUCAGUGGUCAAUUACAUCUUAUUUUAUGUCACAGAAAAUCAGUAGGAAAAAAAACUCAGAGACAUACUAUGUGAAAAAGAUAUAAAUUAUUGAGCAAAAAUUUCUAGCUUAUGUGGUGGCUGAAAAAGUAUAUACUGAGAGAAAUUGUGUAAAUGCUGAGACUGGGAACGCAUGGUGUACUCAUCCAAUUAGAUACAUGCAUUGAUACAGAGGCAUAAUCUGAUGUUAACCCAAACACAUACACAUCAAUUGCUCUGUUGUGUCAGUCGAACGAAUGAAGGAAGCCUGAGUUCAACUAAGUGGAGAAAAUAAGUAGGUGAAGUUUUUAAACAUAUAAUUUGUAUGUGGAAGGUUGCUAUGAACGAAAAACCACAACAGGGCUAAUAUUGGAUUGGUGAGAUACUGGGCGUAUAUAUAUCAAUUCAGUUUCUGGAAGGCCAAGGUGAAGGAUUAAUUGAAAACUGGGAUGUCUAUCUUAAACUCUGAGAAAUUUACAUUAUGCAAAUGGACUUAGUUGAGCCAGUUUGAUUGAGUCUCAGAUUGAGUCAUUUUGUUCAUUUACUGAGUAUUUGUCAAAUACUUCCUUUUUACUGGGUCCUGUUCUAGAAGCUGAGGAUACAGUGGUGACCAAACCAGAAAAAGCCCAUGGUCUCCUGGAGAGAGAUUUGAGGUAACUGGAUUAUCUUUAAGUGGUACCUUUACACACCAGGUAAUCUAGUAAGAGGAUGUAAAUAUGUACACAAGGUGAAAUAGACAUUUUCUUAGUCCCUUCUGGUUACUAUAAGAGAAUACCAUAGCCUGGGUAGCUUAUAAAAACAGAAAUUCAUUUCUCACAGUUCUGGAAGCUACAAAGUCCCAGAUUAAGGUGCCAGCAGAUUCGGUAUCUAACGAGGGUUCCUGGUUCAUAGAAGACAGUCAUCCCACUGUAUCCUCACACAGGGGAAAGGGCAAAGGAGCUGUCUGGGAUGUCUUUUAUAAAGGCACUAAUCCAGUCAUGAGGGCUCCACCCUCUUGAACCAGUCACCUCUCA